CUGAAGGUGGUUGUCGUCCUCCGCCGUCUGCGCACGGGCGCGGGUGGAGGGGCCCUCCCGGCCGGGGCUUCGGCCUCCGGCGUCGGGAAAUGGCGGCGGCAGGCAGGUUGGAGGACGGGUCCUUGGAUCUCACCCAGAGUAUUGAAGACGACCCCCUUCUGGAUGCCCCCCUCCUCCCACAUCACGCCCUGCAUGCUCACUUUCGACCCAGGUUCCAUCCUGUCCCCACGGUCGUCAUAGCACAUCUUCUCUUGUUAAUACACGUAAGUGGGCCGGGGAGAAGGUGGAUCCUGCAUGUGCUCCUUGAACGCUACAUCCAGUAUCACCACAGCAAAGUAAGGAACCGAGGCUAUAACACGAUCUACCGAUCGACAAGGCAUCUUAAAAGACUUGCGCUAAUGGUCCACUCCACAGGCAACACGGCGCUUCUCCUCAUAUUGUGCAUUCAGCAUUCCUUCCCCCAGCCCAGUGAUUUGUAUCUUGACUUCAUCCUGUCCGUCCUGGCCCUGGAGCUGAUCUGUUCUCUGACAUGUCUGCUCAUGUACACAGUGAAAAUCCGAAAAUUUAAUAAAGCUAAACCAAGGCCUGAUGUACUCGAAGAAGAAAAAAUCUAUGCUUACCCCAGCAGUAUUAACUCGGAGACUGGAUUCAGGACUAUUUCGAGUCUAGAAGAAAUUGUUGAAAAGCAAGGAGACAUAAUAGUAUACCUGAAGCGACACAACGCACUGUUGAGUAAGCGAUUGUUGGCUCUCACUUCCUCUGACCUCGGCUCUCAGCCAGGUAGAGUGUGAGAUGCUCAGAGUCAUCACAGCAAUUGCAAGAAGCAUCCAGAGAAAUUUAAGACCGACUGACUGCCUGACAAGCUGCCAUAGGGAAUUGCAGCUUUUGCUGAAUAACAUUUUACAAUUUAUGUUGGAAACCUGGAUUUGGUUCUCACCUGCGUGGCUGUUCAGUGUGUAGGUCCUGUGAAUCGUUUGAGAGGCACUUUGUAGAAACCUUGUUGACUGGGAGAGAAUAUCUGUUUUGCACAUUUUGAGAUGAUUUAGCUCCUUGGUUUGUCCUAGAGUCAGAGAUAGAGUUUAAACGUCUCCACGGCCAACAGUUCUUCCACAUGACCUUAAGACCCAUUGCCGUUGGGUUGAUUCCGGCUAAGGUGACCCCAUGUUUUAGAACCCUGUAAUAAUUUGGCUAAUUAUGGAGGAAGUCCGAUGUGACAGUCUAUUUCGAACAGGGUUUUGAUCAGUUCUUUCCACUUCUAAACCAAUGAGAGAAGUCAUUAUUUUGUAUGGUUAAUGUGUUUAUUUCUACAGAACCUUAUGUAUUUUAUGUGCUUAUGUCUAUUGGAUGACGGCUUGGCCCAGGUUGUUUUCGUGAAGAAUGUCCUUGCUGUAGGACUGAGGGUCUCAUUAGGUGAUUUACUAUGUAAACGCCUACAGUUUUCCAUUCUUCAGAAAUAAAAUUUGAAGAUUACAUGGACUGGUGUUAGACGAAACAGUGUUGCCUGUUCCAUUGGCAGCACCUUCCGUUGGCAAUAGCUGAAGAAUUCAGAGAAGAAUUGACAACUUUGUCUUUCUUUUUGCCCUUCUUCAAGAAGUUGCCAUGUAUUUCAGUGCUGGCCUUACCUUGGUUGGGUCAGUAAGUUCAGUAUGAUUUUAAGUCUGUCUAAAAAGAAAAAAGGAGCCCUGAGGACACAAUGGUUAAGCGCUUGGCUGUUAGCCGCAAGGUUGGCAGUUCAAACCCAUCCAGUGGCUCCACAGGAGAAAGACCUGGUGGUCUGCUUCCGUAAAGACCGAAGCCUGGAAAACCCUUCAAUACAUAUGACAGUUCACUCUGUCAUACGGGAUGGCUUGUGAGUCGAACAUUGACUCGGUGGCACCCAACAACAACAAAAAAGAAAAAAAAGACACCCUGUUUAGUCUUGGAUUAUAUUUAAACAUUGCGAUAGGAAUAAAAUAUUAUAUCAAUUUAGUAAGGGUAUUAAAUAUAUCUACUUCUCUGGAUCAAGUGAAGUAAGUAGUUUUAUGAGUAAAUGGCAUCUCUCUCCAGUGUUCUCAUGUACCACUUCUGUUUACUAAUUUGCUAUCAGCACCUUUACCUGCUACCUUAGAAAUAACUUGUGGUUGAAAGCUUAGUAUGGGAGAAGGGAUAUCUGUAAUCAGGUAGCUGUUGACCUGUUUCGGUCAUUAGCUGAGUACUCAAUAUUCGAUGUGAAAGUUUCCUGCUAAGAUAAAGGGGAUUGUGUGUCACCUGCCAGUGAUACAGCUGAAUCCCCCAAAAUCACAAUAUUCACAAGCUAAAGCCACAGUUGUAUUUUUGAAGUUCAGAUGGUAUCCAGGUUUCCUGACUUCUCCUCCCCUCUCUCCCUCGCUCUCUUCCUUCCUCUCUUCCUUUCCCUGUAAUACAUAUGUCUCAAAGCCAUUACCUUCUCUGGAAAUCUGUUUCUGUGUUCUGGAAGAACCUAUAUACUUUGCCUGCAGCUGUUUUUCUUUUCAAAAGGAGAACAUGGGUAGUAGAUGAUUAAUUCUUCAGUUUGGAUCUAGAAUCAGUUUCUAAGAUUGAUGGGAUAAACUUUGGUUUACAGAGAAAGGAAUAGCCGUUAGGAUACUCAGGUUCUGAUGUGAUACAGUAUGUGUAAUCACCAACACUUCUUUCUAAACUCAAUAGUGAACAUUUCAAAAAAUAAAUGAAAAUCAAACUAAGUAUCAGGAACUAGGAAGCACCAAAUGAACAAAACAGGCAUUUAACUGUUACGCAUUUUAUACACCAGGCAAGCACUGUGCUAUCCCUGUAGAUACAGAAAUUAAUGAGACAGACUCUGGCCUGGAGCUUAUAUUCUAAGGAAGGAGAGGUGCGGGAUUUCUAGGCUCUGUGUAAGUGAAAUAAUGGCAGCAAACCCAAGGUCCUAUAGGCACUCCAGGUCAAAGAGUACCCUAGGGGGUAGAGAGUUUUAGUUAUUCCAGGCAAAUUAAUGAGUAGAGAAGCAAGGCAAGGCUACAAAGGACUGCAAGCAGUAUGUAUAGCUUGAACCAAAAGUGUGAGGCAAGACAUGAGCAGAGAGGUGGACAGGGUCAGAUGCUGGAGGGCCUUGAUGCUGUGCCGAGGAGCCUGUACUUUAUCCUUUUGGUCGUGGGACCCACUGAAGGGUUUCAAGCAACGGAGUGACAGAUUUAGGAGAAUCAGAUUGCAGUACAAUGUCGAGGAAAGAUGGGAAGCAGAAACGUGUCCCUGAGCUGGAGCAGAUGUAGUAAUAUUUUAUUAUAUGUAUAUGUGUGUGUGUGUGUGUGUGUAUAUAUAUAUAUUUAUAUAGUGUUAAUUUUGGGACUUUAUUUAAAUGGCAAUAGCAUCAUGGCUUAGAAACUUCUAAGUUCAUUUUUUUAAAAAAUUGGUAAUGGAAAGUACAGAGAAGAAAAAAGUUAUUUGAAAUCCCACUACCAGGGAUUAUACCAAUUUAUACUGCUUGUUCUAUGCAGUCAUCAAUCAUGGCUGUUAUCAAUCUUUUUAACCAUAGCUUGUCUGAUGGAUUAAAAAAAAUAAUGUCAUUGUUUCAAAUUUCAUUUCUUUAAGUACGAAUGAAGUUGAGCUUUUUUUCCCCAUAGUUUUCGGCUUUUCAUAAAUGUUUUGUGAUGCGUGUAUUCAAGUCCUUUGCUUAUUAUUCUCCUGGGAUAUUUUUCUUUUUCUCAAAAAAUGUUAUCUUCCCUUAUGCGUAUAUUAAGGAUAGUCCUCAGUUUGUAUAUGUUGGAAAUAUUUCCUAGUUUGUUUUGGGUUCUUUUUGCAAUUUACUCCUCAAACACUGCGGUUCAAUAUCUACCUCCUGCAACACAGGUGAACAAGUUCACACCAGUGAGUCCCUAAAUGCCACAUCGGGUAUCUUCUUGUCACUUGAGAGCCACCAGUGACUUGAGUGAAUUUUAAUACCAGGCUUCUGCUGUAGGCCCCUUUCUUUCUACCAGGAUUCAAACCAAAGUUUUAUUUGAAUCAAGUUAACUCUUUCUCCUUUUUUAUUGCUACCCACCCCCACAGUUUCCACUAAGGAAACACUGCAGCCUUGUUUUUUAAAGAAAUGAUGUAGCUGUAUAUGGACCAACACGAAACUCGAAUGUAUUGUUAAGUGAAAACGGCAGGUUGUUGAAUGAAUAUAUAUGUAUAAUGUGAGACCUUCUACUUAGGUUAAACAAUGAAGUGUGUGUGUGUAAACUGAUAGAAAUAGAUCCAGAAGAAUGUAGGACAAAUGUAGCAUAGUUCACACCGGGAAGGGCGUAUGACUGUGGAGUAGGAGAAUGAGAGGUGGAGAGGUUGAGCAAGGGGAGGAAAAUAAAAUCAAGGGACUUUGGGCUUUUUAUUCUGCUUCUGUAUUAUUUUUUACAAUGACUGUAUUACUUUCUAAUUAAUAAAUGUUCAACAUAUAUUAAAUUUUAAAAUUUAAGUUACAACUCUACAUGGAGUACAACUUUUUAAAAUAAUAAAUGUCAGAUAUACAAAGGGAAACCGGGUAUUUGUAAGUAAAGAUGGUAGAUGGAUUGAGCAUACAGAUUUAUUAUUGCUUCCUCCUAUAACCCCACUAAAAUGAUGGUAAAGAAUUUUUGAAGGCAUAUAUUCACAAUGCCUAGAGAAGAAGAAACAACUGUAAAAAAUGGAGCGAUUAUAUAGCAGCAAAACACUCCAUAGCGUUGCCAGUCCUCCUCAAAAUGUGAUCUGUGGUCAUCCCCAAGCUGCUACCAGUCCAUGAGGGGUAAGGGCCUGUGCCAGAAUGUAAAUCAACGCUAUCACUAAGCAUUGCUUAGACCAGCUUUU